AUGUCACUUCCUGCUGGUUUGUUUUUGAAACUGCGUCGUCAACGGAAUAAAACUACUUGCAGGAAUAUCCCGUGGAGUCUUAUGGUUAACGGAGGUUAUAUCAGUUCCCUGACAGGACAGUCUUUUCGUUAGGGGACUUUGUCUCAGCUAAAACAAGUCAUUUACCCUCAUAUCAGCCUCCAAGUCGUAGUUUUAUUGCCCACUUCCGGGAUAGCCUCUCAGAAAUGUAAGCUGAGUAGACAAAGAGGACGGACAUCUCUUCCUUGUCUGGAUUGAACAGUUGUCUCGAGAGAUUUUGCGCCUGACAAGGCUCAGAUAGAGAGUGGAGGUUUGAGGACACGUCACCUAUCUAGAGCGAGUAGAGCUCGCUGGACCAUGGCGGAGCAGAAGGCACUGGCAUCGCCGGGUGGCUUGACCUGGUCGCGGGUGUGCAAAGAGUGUGGCCAGUGCCACGAGAACCAAGAAAGUCAUGUUUAUGAGUACCAGGAUGAGGUGGAUGAUGAGUUGGUGUGUCACAUAUGUCUACAGCCACUGCUCCAGCCUGUGGACACGCCAUGUGGACACACAUACUGUCUGCAGUGCUUGAGCAGCUUCUUGCGUGAACAGGACUUCUGCCCAGUGGACCGGCAACGAGUGGCAUUGCAACAGUGUCGGUCCGCCAGCCUGCUGGUGCGCAACCUGCUCGAUAAGCUCACCGUGCUGUGCCCUUUCCACAAUGAGUGCCAGCAGAGCAUGCAGCGCUGUGAGCUACAGCCUCAUUUGCACAACAGAUGCCUUGCAUUCAGGCGGCUCAGGGAAGAGUCUGAGAAGAGGAAGAGACCCCCAUGGAAUGAGUUGAAGGGAAGCAAGACAGAUGAAGACUCUGACACCAAAUCCAACCCAGCACCCACACGUACAUCUAAUCCUCGUGCACCCCCGGACCCUGGCAUGGCCAAUCCUGCCUUUGAGGAGGCAGAUGAUGGAGCUCCCCUCAGGUCCAGUCUUGUUUCAGAAGCAAGCAUUGUGGAGCUGUUUCGUGAGGAACCAGGGGAAGAUUUGGGUUUGCGCAUAGUUGGAGGGAAGGACACACCCUUGGGGAAUAUUGUCAUUCAGGAGAUUGUGCGUGACUCGGUGGCUGCCCGUGAUUCCAGACUUGCCCCAGGGGAUCACAUUCUAGAGGCGAAUGAUGUGAGCCUUGCCUCUGUCCCUCAUGUACAAGCCAUCGCUGUGCUGCGGCGGCCAUGUUCUGUUCUCAGGCUUACAGUUAUGCAAGAGAAGGGCUUCAAGCCAAGGCCCGAGCACCUCGUGCAGCCUUCUAACUCUCCUGUGGUUCAACCUUCAAACAGUCCGGGCACGGUGAUCCAGGUGGCACUGGUGAAACGCGAGCGCGCCGAGCCCCUCGGCAUCAAGCUUAUCCGCAAGUCAGAUGAACUAGGUGUCUUCAUCCUAGACCUGUUACCAGGAGGCCUGGCUGCCAAAGAUGGCAAACUGCGCAACAAUGACAAAGUGCUGGCCAUCAACGGUCAUGAUUUGAGACAUGGUACACCAGAGAGCGCCGCUCAGAUCAUCCAGGCAAGUGAAGUACGAGUGAAUUUUGUGGUAAUGAGGCAGCCAGAGCCCAUUGAAGAGGGAAGUGAGCUGCAGAGUAGAGGAGCCAGGAGAAGUGCCGAGAACCAGUAUUUCAGACGGCGCUCCACAUUCAUGAAGGAUCCUCCUGGUGGAUUCUCCAGUCAGGAAAAGACAGUGAGUCUGAAGAAGGAGCCACGACAUUCACUGGGAAUUACAAUCGCUGGUGGGAGGGACGGCCGCUGUCGUCUGCCUGUGUACAUUACCAGUGUGCAGCCAGUGGGCUGUCUGCACAGAGAUGGUACCAUCAAACCAGGUGAUGUGUUGCUGAGCAUCAAUGGUGUUGACCUGACCCAGCUGACUUAUAAUGAAGCGGUGUCUGUGCUGAAGGCACAGACAGCCCAGAGCUCUGUGACACUACGCGUCAUCCGCACCACUGCAGAGGAGGAAGAGCAGGAUGCAGAGGCAGCAAAUCAAGAAGAAAUGGACACAGUGGAGAACCCCAGAGAGGAUGAAAUCAACUGCUCCCCUCUGUGGACCCGCUGGCUGGGCCUACCCAGCCACAUGCACUGGUGUCGUGACAUCGUGUUGUUAAAAACCAACAACGAGAGCUGGGGCUUCAGUAUUGUGGGAGGAUAUGAAGAAAGUCGAGGUCAACAGCCCUUCUUCAUAAAGACCAUAGUGCCUGGAACUCCUGCCCACUCUGAUGGUCGUCUCAAGUGCGGUGAUGAAAUUGUGGCUGUGAAUGGAGCAACUACAGUGGGCAUGAACAAUUCAUCCCUGAUUCCUAUGCUGAAGCUUCAGAGGAAUAAAGUCACACUUACUGUAGUAUCCUGGCCUGGCAGUAUCGUAUAACAUCUGACUGUUGUUUCUGGUCUCUGAUGUGACCUUUUUGAAGCUGGUUUUGGCGAUUUUGAUAUCCAAUACAAAUGGAUCAAUAAUCAAAUGGAUCAAUAAUCACAGACUGGAUUUAAAACAAAAUCAAAGGAAUAUCAGGAGGCGUUUUCCUCCUUCCUUGUGGAACUGUGCUUAUUUGAGAUAUGUAGGAUACUUUUAAGCACAUGGACACUGGAAACUAUUUCUGCACCUUGACUUUCUAAUUCGAGAUCAUCAACAAACAUUGAUAGUCAGUCUUAUUGAACAUUUACUUACCUUGAGUAACUGCAAUCAUUUUCUUGUGUGUGUGUGUUUUGUGCUUAGGAACUUGCACCAAUGCUGUACUACUCUGAGUAAGUGAAUUUUAAUUUAAAGAAUGUCUAAUACAAAGGUACACUUUAGAUGAGAUUGUGACAGGGUGUGAAUGUUUCUAUACUACUACAUAAAAUGGACCAUACCAAAGUCUUGUUAGUAUUUUUAUGGCUAUAAUUACAUGUUAAUUAUUUUAUGUUACUGUAUUUUAGCAUUUCUGUUAACAUAUCUGGUCUUUAUAUCUGAAAACUGUUGCCUGCUGCUUGGUAACAUGACUUUAAAGCUAUAAGUCAUGGCUAUUUUGUUUCAUUCUUUUUAAGUGACUUGAUUUGAGUUGUAUAUGUAUAGAAAAAACUGCCUUAAUUGCUGAUACCGAAAAGGCCAUUUUAAUUUCUUUUGUUCUAUUUUUUUGUUUGUUUUUAAAUCCAAAUAUAUGUUGGUUUCUGCUUUCUUUGCACCACUGUCCCCUCAGUCAUAGAAAAUGGCCAUUAUCAAAACUAUAUAAUAAAGGAUUGCAGUUUAUUUUA